AUGGCCUCCCCUAGCGUUCUCACCUUUGACGCUGAGGGUCGGGCAGUGGACUUUGAGGUCUGGGUAGAUGAUCUGCUGCUUUUCCUACAGUGCGAUAGGGCAGACGGACUCUCCCUGUUUGACCUCACUUCUGGUGCCUCUCCUGCCCCUACUGCUGAUGCUGACGCCACUGUUCGCUCACAGUGGGCCACGCGCGAUGCUGCUGCUCGCCUUGCUGUGCGCCGCCACUUACCGACCACUGAACGUGUACACUUUAGCCAGGACCACUUCCUCUCAGUUUGCCCCACCACUCUCACCGUUGACCUCCUCGAGAAGGCCCUCCUAGCGAUAGAGAAGAGCAUAGUCGCUGUAGGAGCCUCUCGUGUCGGUCGGCGCUGCGUCUGCCCCGAGCGGGAGACGCCGCACCGGCAAAGGGCAAGGGGGGCAAGGGCACUCGGGGGGCUGGAGGGGGCGGUGGAGGUGGUGGUGGAGGCGGUGGAGGGAGUGGGGGUGGUAGUGGGGGUGGUGCCGGGGGUGGCGGCGGCGGUGGCAGCAGUGGAGGCGGCGGAGGCGGUGGAGGUGGCGGAGGGAGCUAAGGCGGCGGAGGUAGUGGAGGAAGCGGAGGUGGAGGAGGCGGCGGAGGCGGCGGAGGCGGCAGAGGCGGCGGAGGCGGCGGUGGUGGAGCGAGUCGUGACUCUGCACAGAGGAGUGGCGCCGGUGGUGGUCAGCGCCUGCAGCAGCAGCUUCGUGAGUGGUACACUGCGCGCCAGCGCGUGCGGAGGCCCGCACUCCACCCAGCGCUGCUUUGGUCGCCUGACGGACGCGUGGCGUCGCCAGUUCCCUGAGGCGUCAGAGAUCCCUCGCUGGGGAGAUCUGGCUAAGGCCGGGGUUGCUAUCUUUGAUCUUGACUUUGAUGCUAUUCUUGCUGCCAUGUAUGUUGUUGCUAAUAGUGUCGAGGGUGCCUGUUACCAAUGUGUACCACCUGACCCGGGCAUUGAGGCCGCUGCUCUAGGUGCUGGUGAGGCUGCUGCUCUAGGUGCUAGUGCGUCUGCUGCCCCAGGUGCCAGUGCGUCUGCCGUCCCAGGUGCUGGUGAGUCUGCUCUCUCAGGUACUACACCGCACCACUCUUACGCCGCUUAG